CUCUAAGCCAAACUGAUACGAGUCAGUUAUCGUAGCGCACCAACUAGGACAGUACCGCGUCAGUAGUUUUGCACAAUGAAUAUUCUUGGAUACGUCUCAGGUGCAGUGACAGACAAUUUUAUUACGAAAGGUAUUGUUGGGACUUUUCGUGGCAGCAACGGCAAGCACACGGCAGCGUCUGCACCGGUCCCGGGCGCUCUUCCCGAGCCUGUGGUGAAAAGGUUGGUGCGAUGCGGAGGGGCGUUCGUGCGGAUAGCUGGGUUUUCGGGUGCCGCAGCAGUUGCACUGGGAGCCUAUGGAGCGCACGUGCUAUUUAAGAGGGAUGACAUACCGGAAGAGCGAAAGGAAGCUUAUGACAUAGCCAACCACUACCAUUUGCUUCAUACACUAGCGUUACUUUGCGUUCCUCUAACGAGAAGGCCCAAAGUUGUUGGAGCUCUUCUGACAACUGGAAUGGCACUGUUUUGUGGCUCGUGCUACGCGUACGGGCUCACUGGUUACCCUGCAGUCAAGAACGUCGCCCCCUACGGCGGAAGCGUACUGAUUCUCGCCUGGCUCUCAAUGCUGCUCUGAACGGCCCCCCACCAUUGUCUCUGCGUGCUCUGCAAAUGAAUGCACUGCACACUGUUCCAUGUCUGCUGGAUGAUGAUGGCAAAGUCCUUGUGAGGUCUCCCACGGCCAGUGAUGACACACUUCAUGAUGCUCUGGCCGGUGUUGGGAGAACUUUUUUUUUUUUAAUAAAGCACUUAGCAACCACCUG